AUGCCUGGCAUUGACAUUGAAAGUCUCCCACUCUUCAUAUAUGAAGAGAUUGGAAGCUAUUGCGACAACAAGGCACUCACGCAGCUUGUAUCCGUCAGCGUAAACUUCUACAACUGGUUCAAUGGAUCGCGCCUCAAGGAUUUCGAUAUGCGUAACUACCUGCCUCAGGUUACCUACUGGCUAAGGGGGCUGCUGAGCGAGAGAAGCCCCCGACUCGUUCCACGGCUCAAAGCUAUCAAGCAAGUAUCUGGCCCAAGCGAUCACGAUCUACCGCGAGACCUAGGAUAUGGGCUAGCCGAUCUUCUAGUCAGGCUCUUGAGUGAAAUGAUGACAGUCAAAUCUGUAACACUGGACCUCAAAUACAUGUCUCCCGGGGUUAAGCGACUGUUUGUUACCUUGAUGGAAUCGAAACCUAGCGACAUGAUGAAACACAGUGCCCUCAACAUCAUAGCCCGGCCAGAACUUACGAGCGCCUACCUCGGCUGCUGCGACCCCUCGAAGCUCACGUCGGUGUAUCUCCCUGCUGACUGGAAAGUGCGCAGCCAUGACUACAGGUAUAAAGAGUUCGACCUUAAGCCUGGCGACUAUACCAUGGAAUACAGACAACUACUAUGUCUGUAUCGCGAUCAAGUGCCCGGGCUGAAGCGUCUUCGUCUUAUGCUGACUACAGACAUAACAAACUCUCUCAAAGCAACCUUUCGAGAGAUUAAAGCCAUCACCACAGAAUUUCCCGAGCUCGAGUGGCUCAUAGUCGACGAGUUUAUUGGAUCUAGGCCUGAUUUAAUAGAGCUUGAAAGCAGCCUGAACUGGUUUACUGACAUCCUAAACUCAACAAAGCUUACACAUCUGGCCAUCACAAUCUGCCAUGACAAUGUGUUCCUGUCAUUUCAGGAUAAUAACCCUGCCUUGUCUGAAGAUCAAGCUCUCGAAGGACUCGAUUAUUGGUAUCAAAGGCUGCUCUAUCUGCUUGUAGAGUCGUGCCCCCGACUGCAGCAGCUGUUUAUCAAAGAUAGCGAAGGCCUUCUUCACGUUGUAACAAGGGAUAACAACGCCGGAGUAUCAGUUCGUCAUUGGGAUUGGUAUGAGACGCCGGAAGCAGAUGAAUCGCCGUAUCUUACUUGGGGACUCUCGGGUUAA